AUGCGGUGGUUGAACCUCCUAACAGCCUCGCUGCUGCCCUUCACAGCUCUAGCAGCCAAGAAACCAACCGGCGACCGCUUCGAUGACGCCCGCGCCAAAUCGCUUUCCACCAGUAAACCGCUCAAGCUCGACGACCCAAGCUAUGCGCAGUUGACCAAGUCUCCGCGCGACUAUGGCGUUGCUGUACUGCUGACGGCGUUGGAGCCACGAUUCGGCUGUAUGCUUUGCCGGGAUUUCCAGCCUGAGUGGGAGUUACUGGGCAAGAGUUGGAUGAAAGGUGAUAAGGAUGCGAAGACAAGACUUGUAUUCGGUACAUUGGAUUUUGUGGAUGGAAAGAACGUCUUCCAGUCGAUGAUGCUACAAACCGCCCCCGUCCUCCUCUACUUCAACCCCACCACCGGCCCUCACGCAAAACCCGACGCCUCACCCGUCCGCUUCGACUUCACCGCGGGCCCCCAGACUGCCGAACAAAUUCACGCCUGGAUCUCCCGUCAGGUCCCCGCCGACAUCCCCAAACCCUCCGUCUCGCGCCCCAUCAACUGGGUCAAGAUCAUCACCGUAACCACUAUUGUCCUCGGAGGCAUCACCGCCAUCUCCGUCGCAUGGCCCUACUUUGUCCCCCUGCUACAAAACCGUAAUCUCUGGGCCGCCAUCUCCCUCAUCGCCGUUCUGCUCUUCACGUCCGGCCACAUGUUCAACCACAUCCGCAAGACACCGUAUGUUGUCGGUGAUGGCAAGGGCGGUAUGAGCUAUUUCGCUGGUGGCUUCAGCAACCAGUAUGGUCUGGAGUCGCAGAUUGUAGCUGCCAUCUACGGUGUCCUCGCCUUCGCUGCUAUUUCCCUUGCUAUCAAGGUCCCCAGGAUCAAGGAUCCGCGUGCCCAGUCUUUUGCCGUGUUCCUGUGGACCGGUGUGCUGUUUGGCAUGUACAGUUUCUUGCUUAGUGUCUUCCGCAUCAAGAACGGUGGGUACCCGUUCUACCUCCCUCCUUUCUAG